AUGCGAUGGGAGAACAUGUUGCAGUUCCGAGCAAAGACUUUGUUCAACAACAGAGCUCGAGAUUCUCUCUUCAUCCCUAUCACCAAACGAGUUCGAUUGGGUUUCAGUUUCUUUUCCUCGUUAUGCGAGCCAAAGAACAUGGUUUUGGACUCCGAAGCUUACACGAAACUUGUUCAGACAGCCGCGAAAUCAGGCUCCGCGAUUCUGGGAAAGCUCGCUCAUGGCCACAUGAUCAAGUCUGCCUUCAAGCCGUAUCCAUUCCUGCUCAACAAUCUUAUGAAUAUGUAUUGCAAGUGCCAGGAUUUGGGUUUCGCACGCAAGUUGUUCGAGAAAAUGCCUGAACGAAACAUUCGGUCUUUUAACUGUUUGAUUUCUGGGUACACCCAGAUGGGUUUUUACGAAGAGGCCAUGGGAUUGUUUCUUGACGCUAAAGAUUAUAAUUUGAAGCUUGAUGAGUUCACGUAUGCAGGUGCUUUGGGGUUUUGUGGAGAAAGGUGUGAUCUUGAUUUAGGCAAGUUGUUGCACGGGUUGGUCGUUGUAAACGGCCUUGCUCAGCAAGUUUUUGUGGUCAAUUUGUUGAUCAACAUGUAUUGCAAGUGUGGAAAGGUUGACCUAGCAAUGUCUUUAUUUGACCGAUCCGAUGAGAAGGAUCAAGCUUCAUGGAACUCUCUGAUUUCCGGUUAUGUUCGGGUUGGUGCAGCGAGAGAAACGCUUGAUCUGUUGGCUAGAAUGCACAGAGCCGGUCUAAAGUUAACCACUUAUGCUCUUGGAAGUGUGCUAAAAGCUUGCUGCAUAAACCUGAACGAAGGAUCGGUGGAAAAUGGUAUGGCAAUUCACUGUUACGUGGCGAAAUUAGGAAUGGAGUUUGAUAUAGUUGUAGGUACUGCAUUGCUUGACAUGUACGCCAAAAACGGAAGCUUGAGAGAGUCGAUGAAGCUUUUUAGUUUGAUGCCUGGCAAGAACGUGGUUACGUAUAACGCGAUGAUCUCAGGGUUUCUCCAGAUGGAUGACGUAACCGAGGAAGCGUCCAGUGAAGCCUUUAAGCUCUUCAUGGAUAUGCAAAGACAGGGAUUGGAACUCACGCCGUCGACGUUCUCAGCUGUGCUCAAAGCUUGUAGUGCCGCUAAAGCCUUAGAGUAUGGGAAGCAGAUCCACGCCCUUAUAUGUAAGAACAAUUUCCAGUCUGAUGAGUUCAUUGGAAGCGCUCUGAUCGAGCUCUAUGCGUUGAUGGGCUCGACUGAAGACGGAAUGCGAUGCUUUACGUCGACGUCGAAGCAAGACAUCGCCUCGUGGACGUCGAUGAUCGAUUGCCAUGUCCAAAACGAGGAGCUUGAGAGCGCGUUUGAUCUGUUUCGACAACUUUUUGCGUCCUGUAUAAGACCGGAAGAGUAUACAGUUUCGCUUAUGAUGAGUGCUUGUGCUGAUUUCGCUGUGUUAAGCUCAGGAGAGCAGAUUCAAGGUUAUGCGAUUAAGAGUGGAAUCUAUGGUUUCACCAGCGUUAAGACCUCAAGCAUCUCAAUGUACGCAAAAUCAGGUAACAUGCCGCUUGCGUCUCAAGUGUUUACCGAGGUCGAAACUCCAGAUGUUGCAACAUACUCAGCUAUGAUCUCGAGUCUUGCGCAACACGGUUUCGCUAGCGAUGCGUUAAACCUAUUUGAGUCGAUGAAAAGCCAUGGAUUCAAACCUAACCAGCAAGCGUUUCUCGGCAUUCUAAUAGCUUGUUGCCACGGAGGAUUGGUCACACAAGGACUCAACUAUUUCCAAAGCAUGAAGGAAGAUUACGGGAUUAACCCUAACGAGAAGCAUUUCACUUGCCUCGUCGAUCUUCUAGGUCGCACGGGGAGGUUAUAUGAUGCUGAGAGUGUGAUAUUGAGGUCAGGGUUUGAAGACCAUCCGGUGAUGUGGAGAGCGUUGCUGAGCUCUUGCAGGGUUUACAAAGACAGUGUUUUGGGGAGACGCGUUGCGGAGAGAAUUAUGGAGCUCGAACCGGAGGCGUCUGGCUCGUACGUGUUGCUGCACAACAUUUACAACGAGUCUGGUGUCAACUCUUCAGGUGAAGAGGUUAGAGCGCUGAUGAAAGAUCGUGGGGUUAAGAAAGAACCAGCCUUGAGCUGGAUCGUGGUCCGUGACCAAGCUCAUUCCUUUGGGGUCGCUGAUGUGUCUCACCCGUCGAGCCAGAUGAUCUACGCAAUGCUGCAGCAGCAGUUAGAUACCAUGAACACUGUAGAAUUUCUAGAUGAGACUCUUGUUUAUGGUUCUUCUGUCACAUGA